AUCCUCUUCGGCGGCAGCGGCGCUGAACCGGGGACGCGGUCGGGCUCGUCUGGUGGUGGGAGGAGAGCGGCGGCCGCUCCCAACAUGCACAGCCUGGCGACGGCUGCGCCUGUGCCUACAGCGCUGGCUCAGGUGGACAGAGAGAAGAUAUACCAGUGGAUCAAUGAGCUGUCCAGCCCUGAGACACGGGAAAAUGCUUUGUUGGAGCUGAGUAAGAAGCGAGAGUCUGUUCCUGACCUGGCGCCCAUGCUGUGGCAUUCAUUUGGUACUAUCGCAGCACUUUUACAGGAAAUUGUAAAUAUUUAUCCAUCUAUCAAUCCACCCACCUUGACAGCACACCAGUCGAACAGAGUUUGCAAUGCCCUGGCAUUACUGCAGUGUGUGGCAUCACACCCAGAAACCAGUUACUCUAGGGAGAAGGGACAAACAAUUGGAAGGCAAGUGUCAGCAACUUGGUCUCCUUAUUUUGUUUUGCUGCAGGUUGCCACAUUUAUCCUCCAGAAGAUCCUCUUAGAUGACACUGGUUUGGCUUAUAUAUGCCAGACAUACGAGCGCUUCUCCCAUGUUGCCAUGAUCUUGGGUAAGAUGGUCCUGCAACUGUCCAAAGAGCCUUCUGCCCGUCUGUUGAAGCAUGUGGUGAGAUGUUACUUACGACUCUCGGAUAACCCCAGGGCACGUGAAGCGCUCAGGCAGUGUCUCCCAGACCAGCUGAAAGACACAACCUUCGCCCAGGUGCUAAAAGAUGACACUACCACCAAACGCUGGCUUGCACAACUGGUGAAGAACCUGCAAGAGGGCCAGGUCACCGACCCCCGGGGGAUUCCCCUGCCCCCUCAAUGAUCCUCCCCUGGCCUCUCCCACCAUGCCCCCACCCAUGGGGGGUGGGAGGGGGAACCUGCAAGGAAAACAGCUCAGGUCUUAUCUUCGACUGGGAAUAGACCACCCCAGUGCUGAACUGCCCUAGAGGAAAGGCCCCGGGAACCCUGCUGAGGUUGUGUGGCAGCCAGCGUGGGUUACCUAGAGGACCUGGGCCUUCUACUCCCAGGAAAUGGGCUCCUGACCGAGCCAUCUGCCACAACAGCCCCAGGAGGGUGUCAACACCAGCAAAUGCUGUAUUUGCAGCAUGCCCAAGAUGACCCUCUCUCCGACCUGCUUAGGCACUGGCAGGGACAGGAGACCAUGACAAGAGCGGCGGGACUCUAGGCAUGGUGGCUGCCUGGGACCAAGCCCUGUGGCGUUUUUUAUUUUGCCUUCCUGGAAGAUUGAAGAUGUGGCUCUUCUCUCAGUAUUUGUUUACUUUGUUGUUUUGUUUUUAAAUCUCAGAGAGGUGUGUUUGGUGGACACACGCUGUAAUGUUUGGCAGACUUCUGUCAGUUGGCACUGUUUACAAGUUUGUUAGCUGCAUAUGCUCAAUAAAAAGUUGGUUUGGGCACUAUAUCCCCUCUGGCAGGCCAAGAGCUGCAUUGAGCUGUGGGGAGGAAUGGGAAGCUGCUGAGCCAAAGGACGCCAGGAACCAAUCUUCCACCUCUGUUACUUCCUGUUCCCAUUCUCCUACAACCUUGGCUGCCACAAGAAGCCGCCAGCUUUCCCAAAUCUCAAUGUGUUCCUUUUUUCUUUUUUCUCCUAUUAAACUUUAAAAUA